GAAGGAGAGUGAUGGAGUGCUGCAUCAGAUGACCUGGCCUCCACUAUCACCCGACCUCAACCCAAUUGAGAGGGUUUGGGAUCAGUUGGACCGCAGAGUGAAGGAAAAGCAGCCAACAAGUGCUCAGCAUAUGUGGGAACUCCUUCAAAACUGUUGGAAAAGCAUUCCUCAUGAAGCUGGUUGAGAGAAUGUCAAGAGUGUGCAAAGCUGUCAUCAAGGCAAAGGGUGGCUACGUUGAAGAAUCUCAAAUAAAAAUUUAACACUUGACACUAUUUUGGGUACUACAUGAUUCCAUAUGCGGCCUCACAACCGCAGACCACAUGUAACCACGCCAGGCCAGGACCUUCACAUCCAGCUUCUUCACCUGCGGGAUCGUCUGAGACCAGCUACCCGGACAGCUGAUGAAACUGAUGAGUAUUUCUGUCUGUAAUAUAGCCCUUUUUUGGGGGGAAAACCUCAUUCUGACUAGCUGGGCCUGGCACCCAAUGGAUGGGCCUGGUUCCCAGAACCACCCAUGGCUGCGCCCCUGCCCAGUCAUGUGAAAUCCAUACAUUAGGGCCUAAUGAGUUUAUUUAAUUUGACUUAUUUCCUUAUAUGAACUGUAACUCAGUAAAGUCAUUGAAUGUUGCUUUCAUAUAUUCUCUCAAUAUACACUAUAUAUACAGAAGUAUGUGGACACCCGUUCAAAUUAGUGGAUUCGGCUAUUUCAUCCACACCCGUUGCUGGCAGGUGUAUAAAAUUGAGCACACAGCCAUGCAAUCUCAAUAGACAAACAUUGGCAGUAGAAUGUUCUUACUGAAGAGCUCAGUGACUUUCAACGUGGCACCGCCACCUUUCCAACAAGUCAGUUCAUUCAAUUUCUGCCUGCUAGAGCUGCCCCGAUCAACUGCAAGUGCUGUUAUUGUGAAGUGGAAAUGUCUAGCAGCAACAAUGGCUCAGCUGCAAAGUGGUAGGCCACACAAGCUCACAGAACGGGACCGCCGAGUGCUGAAACACGUAGCGUGUAAAAAUCGUCUGUCCUCAGUUGUAAUACUCACUACCGAAUUCCAAACUGCCUCUGGAAGCAAUGUCAACACAAUAACUGUACGUCGGUAGCUUCAUUAAAAGGGUUUCCAUGUCCGAGCAGCCGCACACAAGCCUAAGAUCACCAUUUGUAAUGCCAAGCUUCGGCUGGAAUGGUGUAAAGCUCUCCGCCAUUGGACUCUGGAACAGUGGAAACAUAUUCUCUAGAUUGAUUAAUCACGCUCCACCAUCUGGCAGCCCAACAGCCAAAUCUUUGUUUGGCGGAUGCCAGGAGAAUGCUACCAUAGUGCCCGCUGUAAAGUCUGGUGGAGGAGGAAUAAUGGUCUGGGGCUGUUUUUCAUUGUUCGGGCUAGGCUCCUUAGUUCCAGUGAAGGUACAUUUUAACGCUACAGCAUACAAUGACAUUCUAUAUGAUCCUGUGCUUCCAACUUUGUGGCAACAUUUUGGGUAAGGCCCUUUGCUGUUUCAGCAUGACAAUGCCCCUGUGCACAAAGUGAGGUCCGUACAGAAAUGGUUUGUCAAGAUCGGUGUGGAAGAGAAGGCCUAGCUCCAGAGAGAUAGAGAGAGCAAUAAGAUGUGCCAGUGGCAUGCUAUGAAACCGACAUGCAUUUCUUCAUGUCAGAUGGCUACUGCGUCUGCUACACAGAUAUAGAUGUACAGAAGGAGGCUAAUUCGUAUCGGAAUAUUUUGUAUAAAAUAAGCAUAUUGUUAUAGAUGAUAGGAGUAACUCUGGUAUGCCUGAAACAUUCUUCCUCACCUCAAGUUUAACUGUCGGAAUCAGUUGACGCGCUGUUGCACACCGCCUUCAUAUCAUAUGCUUGCAGUAGCUAAAUCUUAAUAAUAUCCACACCACACCACACCAAAGUCUAGCCAACAGGUUGCGGAUACAGUGCAGGUAUAGCCUACUACAUGAUGAGGUUAUUAUGGACUCAAGUGUGAUAUUAUUUGUCAAAUGUUAUCCAAGCAUCAAUCAUCAUGUCACCAGAAUAAGAACAUCAAUAUUUAUUGAAAGGAGCAUCAACCGCAUGACUGUGCACUUUCACCACCCUGUGAAGAUCAUCAUAACUUUUUGCUUCUGUAGCCUUAUAAACUGCAUGCUUUCCCAUGAUGAAGUGACAUUUUUUAUCAGACAUGUAGGCUACUUUACUCACAUAAAAAGGCUGGAUGGAGUUUUGUGCACCAAUAAAAACCAUAUUACCCUUCCCUGUGACCAAUAAAAACCAUACUACCCUCUCCUGUGACCAAUAAAAACCAUACUACCCUCCCCUGUGACCAAUAAAAACCAUACUACCCUCUCCUGUGACCAAUAUAAACCAUAUUACCCUCCCCUGUGACCAAUAAAAACCAUAUUACCCUCCCCUGUGACCAAUAAAAACCAUACUACCCUCCCCUGUGACCAAUAAAAAAACAUACUACCCUCCACUGUGACCAAUAAAAAAACACACUACCCUCCCCUGUGACCAAUAAAAACACACUACCCCUGUGACCAAUAAAAAACACACAAUCCUCCCCUGUGCCCAAUAAAAAAACACACAACCCUUCCCAAAGCAAAAAAAAAGCUUGACAACCCUUCCCUAUUUUGGACCACCCCUCCCCUCCAGUAAAUUGUGAUCUGUCCCUUACAGAGCUUGUUUACAGAAAACAGACAGAAGACAGAGUGGACUAUCUGUGCUAAGUAGCUAUCUGUGUCUUCGAACACCUGUGUGUAAACGGAAGACGUACACCAUAAAUAUGUUGUCACUGAAAAAUACUGUUGGCUGUAACUGAGUUAAAAUUGGUUCAAACAGUGUACGGUUCUGCACAGUUUAGUGUGCAGUGUGGAGAAACAAGCUACAACCACCACAGGAAGUCCUCUGCUCGUCCACUGUAAGAACUACCAGGCCCUCCGGUUUAUCAUCCCCCAGGAAAGGGACUGCCAUGAUGUGCACGUCUCCCUGCUGCGCCUCUCCCGACCAGAGCGAUAUGAGGAGCUGUACUGCUUUUCCUUUCAUGCUAACAGUGACAAGGAGGUGAGAGGACAGGCCUGGGACUUUCUCAGCCUCAAGGCUGAGUACAGUAGAAUGGGCGUUCCCAACCACCUCUGGAUUCUAUCCACAGUUAACCGCGACUACAAGGUGAGUGACACUUAUCCUGCUGAGCUGUAUGUGCCAAAAUCAGCCACCCACCCAGUCAUUGUUGGGAGUUCCAAAUUCCGAAGCCGAGGUCGAUUUCCCACGUUGUCAUACUACUGCAAAGAAAACCAUGCUGCCAUCUGUCGUAGCAGUCAGCCCCUGUCUGGCUUCAGUGCCCGCUGCCUGGAGGAUGAGCAGAUGCUGGAGGCCAUUGUGAGGUCCAACCCCCGUAGUGACUUCAUGUAUGUGGUGGACACCAGGCCCAAGCUGAAUGCAAUAGCAAACCGAGCAGCAGGGAAAGGCUAUGAAAAUGAAGACAACUACUCCAACAUCAAGUUUCAGUUCAUAGGCAUUGAGAACAUCCAUGUGAUGAGGAACAGCCUCCAGAAAAUGCUAGAAGUGAGUGAGGCAUGGUCCCCCUCCAUGUCAGAGUUCCUGGAGGGUCUGGAAAGCUCAGGCUGGCUAAAACACAUCAAAGCUGUCCUGGAUGCUGGCAUCUUCAUCGCCAAGGCCGUUUCAGAGGGUGGCGUCAGUGUCUUGGUACACUGCUCAGACGGUUGGGAUCGUACUGCUCAGGUGUGCUCUGUGGCCUCCGUGCUCCUGGACCCCUACUACAGGACUCUCAAAGGACUCAUGGUUCUCAUUGAAAGAGACUGGGUUUCCUUUGGACACAAGUUCUCUCACAGAUACAACCACCUGGAUGGAGACCCCAAGGAGGUGUCCCCGGUCAUAGACCAGUUCCUGGAGUGUGUGUGGCAGCUGUCGGAGCAGUUCCCCUGUGCCUUCGAGUACAACGAGAGGUUCCUCAUCACCAUCCACAACCACAUCUACUCCUGCCAGUACGGAAACUUCAUAGGCAAUAACCAGAAGGAGAGGACGGAGCUUAGACAUCAGGAGAAGACCCAUUCUCUGUGGACCUACUUGUGGGAGAACAGGACUGACCACAUCAACCCCCUGUACAGACCUGACCACAGCCAGACUCAGGGGGUUCUGCGCCCAGUUACCGCCCCCUACUGUUUUAAGUUCUGGAGGGCCUUAUACAACCGUUUUGACAGAGGCAUGCAUCCUCGCCAGUCUGUGAUAGACUACCUGAUGGCCAUCAGAGAGGAGACACAGCAGCUGGAGGAGCAGCUUGUCUCCCACAAGGAGAAAAUAGCCAUGUUGGAGAAGGAGCAGGGGAAGAGCAUCCAGACAAAAACUAACACGUUGGAUAGGAGCCACGCGGUGUGGGCCUCUCCCCCCUCAGAGAGCUGCUUGGGUUUGGCCAACACCCCAGGGGACUACAGCGGACUGGGAGACUUCCUCAGUUCAUCACCCUGCCAGCAGAUGGGGCCAGAGAGCAGUCUUCUGAUCCUCCCCCGACCAGGGGAGCGCCGCAAACCGUCCGACCCAGACCUCUCCACCAACAGUGAUGACCAGGAGUCGGGCAUAGCAGAUCUCAGCUCCCCGCCAAGUGAGGACAGUGCCAAGGACCCUGAUGAGGCUGCCUACUCUGCUGCCUGAGCAGUAGUGACAUUAAUGUUGUCAGAGGGAAGAGAGGUGCACUUUAAUGGGCAAUUGCGCAAUUGGUAUUAUAAACUGACUAACUGUUGGGAAUGAUUAUUCAGUGAAAUGACAAUUGGAUCUGAUCUGUAUGUGUGUUAUUUGUGUAGAGUUUUUACUUUUCAUGUGGUUUAUGGUAUUCCAUACUUAAGAAGUUAGCUACAACAAUGAAUGGAUUUCGUCAGAGCCUUUACAACUAAAUAAAAUAUUUAAUGUUAUAUAUUUAUGCAAAUGUGUAAUAUGAUAAUAAUAUAUUUUAAAAUUCAAUUUGGACUAAAAAUCUUUCAAGUGCACUGUAAACCAAAACAUGAUAUCAAAUGCCAAAUUUGUCAUUAUACUCAUGCAGUAAACCUCUCCUAAUUUAGUGUAGUUUUAUAACCAAAGCCAGUCCAUCUGGUUCACUGGGCUCAUUGUGCAUGCUGUAACUCACGAAGCUACUAAACCAACCCAGCAGGCUGUAGCAUGUGGAGAUAUUGGCAUGCUAGUACUAGGGGACGGACACACAGGGAGGAGAGUAGCUUUGUGAAUCUCACCCAACAGUAUGAUCACAAUUCUGUUCAAACAGCUUAGGUUUCACUGUCAAAGCACAGGUACUGAAUGUCUUGUGGAAUAAUAUAUACUGCUAUUGUAAGCAUUGCAUGUUGUUUUAUUUGUAUAAAGAAUAUACAUAAUAUGUCCUAUCUAUAUCCUAUUUCAAAGGAAUAUUACAACAUACAUAUUUAUUUUUAUUUAGUUAAUUUGUAAAUGAAUUGAUUUGAUUGUGUUAAAAGUUCACUAGAAAAGACCACUAAAGCUAUAAGAGGACUUGUGCAUUAAAUAAAGAUUGAACAUUCUUGGGA